CGGAAACAUUUUUCACGGGCAAAAGAGCUUCUGCUAUUCAAGAAGUUUUCUAUAACUUAUUUUUAGAAUCUGCGCUAUCACCGAUGAUGCAAAACAUGGCUUGUUUCCACAACCGAAAAUAGCUGAGGCUUUCUUCAGAGCAUCACUUGUAAAGUUAUCACAGGAUCGCAGCGAGCCAAGACAAGUAGCCGGCCGAAUGAUCCUCACUCAACGUGAAGGCACUGCUGCUACUAAGAAUUCCGAUCAAAGCGGAGCCACAGUAAGCGAAGGAAAGCUAAUUGCAAGUCAGGGUGUGGCUUUGAAUUCGAUGAUGGAUCGUCGUCAGCUCGCUACCAGAUAUGCCGUUCAAGUGGAAGUGACUCUAAAUAUCGACAAUAAACUUAUCGUCAACCAUGUGCGUCAUGCACGCUUGAUCAGCCUACGUGGCCUUGAACUGGCAGUAUUGUCUCAUCCAUUCCUAAUCGCAAUCACUAACGACCAAACUGAACCGCUGCUCUAUUCAAUUUUCUGGAGCCGAAUGCUAUGCAACGACAACUCCGUAGGUCUAUUGAACGUUCAUGACACGCUUACAUUAUUAAGUAAAAUAAGAGCGGAUAGCGAGUCAUCAAAGGUACCGUGGGCUCUCUUAAGACAAGCAAUUCGUUAUUAUGUGAAAUCACAUGUUGCGAAUGCUAGAGGCUUACACCAUCACGAGAUUUGUCAUCUACAGUGUAUGACAUUACUUCCGCGAGUGCUGCGUUGUAAGAGCGAUGAGGAAUUGAAGUCCUUAGAACGUGAGCUCUAUGGAAACAUCAGUGGUUCAUCACUCAAUGACUGGCGAAGUACACUCAGAAACAGACUUCUAACCGAAGAAGUGCUGCCCACUACACUUGUCGGAAAGAGAGAAUUCAUGGUGGCGAAAUGCAUCUCAAGUCUUGAUAUGUGCACAGAACUACACCAUACGGUAUGGUCGUGGCUCUUUCGCGCCACCGAGCUGCUUCAAGACGUCGGUCAUAAAUUGUGUCCAAGUCCGAUCACCGGCGAGAAGAAAUUCAAUAAAACGAAAAAGCAAAUGGCAGUCUGUGAACAGCAUCAGACGAUGCUCAACUUGUUCAAUAACGGGUUGAUCACCUUCGCAAAUCCGUUGUUUAUUCGACAAGUAUUCCGAGACUCAGCCGCAAACGUCGAAGACGGAGCCAUGCUGAUACGGCUUUGUGAUGAAAACUCCGGAUUUCUUUCCUUUGCAUUCGGUUUCGAAAAAGGCUCGACGGACGUCUUGCGAAUGGGUUCACUUUCUGCUGAACAAGUGAAAGACUUCAAACAAGGUCUACCCGAAGUGCUGCUGGACGAGCAGUUUCCAUCUAAAUUUGCCUUCCUUGUUAAAAUCGAAGCAGACGAUGCAAAAACCAAUAACGUGGCUAUUUCUUUGACAAGGUACUCAUAUUUUUCGGUGUAA